UUACUUCUCUCCCAAGUGUAACAGAACCCGUGGGUGCUCGCUCCGCGGCGCGCGCGUGGGCAGUUGCGACUUGAGGCCAUGCCGCCGGGCAAUCACCACGGCCACGGCGGAGGGCGCCGCGGCGCCCAGCGGCGGGUCAAGGCGAACCCGAACGGCACUGAGGAGGGGAACCGCGACGGCCACCACGACGACGACCGCGGGCGCGCCGAUCUGCGCCAAACCAGGCCCUCCCUCGUGGCGGCCGACGCGGACAAGGCCGCCGCGCCGCUGCUGGAGGAGUUCGCUGCGCUCGGCAUCCAGGCCCGCCGCGCCGAGCCCGUGUUCCCGCCGCGGCCCGGGUACGGCGCCGCGGGGACGCCAUGCGUCGUCAGGGCCAACCGCUUCCUCGCCCGCUUCGUCGACGAGGGCCUGCACCACUACGACGUGACCAUCUCGCCGGAUCCGACGCCCAAGGGCGAGUUCAGGGAGGUCAUGUCGAAGCUGGUGUCCGAGUACCAGCACACCGAGCUCGGGGGCCGCUUCCCCGCGUUUGACGGCCGCGACUCGCUCUUCACCGCGGGCGCGCUGCCGUUCGACAUCAUGAAGUUCAAGGUCACCCUCUCUGCUUGCGUCGACAAAGGGAGGAUGAGGGCCAGGAAGUACAAGGUGGUGAUCAAACAUGCUGCGGCGAUCAGCCUGCUGCAGCUGAGGAUGCUCUUGGCGGGCUACCCCACGGACAUCCCCGCGCAGGCACUGCAGGUCCUCGACAACGUGCUGCGCGAUGUCGUCUUCAACAAACGCGAUGACAUGGAAUACAUUGCGGUUGGUCGAUCGUUCUUCUCGCAGAAACUAGGAUGUGCCAAGGAUGGUACCCUGGGUGUUGAGGCAUGGAAGGGGCUCUAUGAGAGCAUCAGGCCGAUGCAGAACGGUUUGUCUGUGCUUGUAGACGUGUCUUCAUCAGUAUUCAUUGAACCCCUGCUACUAAUUGACUUCGUUCAGAAGACUUUGAAGAUAGGUGUCCUGAAUAGGAAAUUGACCAAACCAGAGCACGCCAAGCUCUUGAAGGCUGUCAGGGGUGUGAGGAUUGAAGUCACACACAGAGGAAGUGAACGCCGUAAGUACAGAAUUACUGGCUUGUCAGUGAACCCUACUAAACUUUUGAGUUUUAAAACACCGAGUGGAGCUACAAAGACUGUCAUUGACUACUUCAGAGAAAAAUACAAUCUGACACUGAAGUACAAUUUUCUCCCAUGCCUCAAUGUUGGCAGUGAGCAGAAGCCAGUCUAUCUUCCUAUAGAGGUUUGCAAGAUAGUUCCCAGACAGCAUUACCAGAAGAAGCUGGAUGGCAGUCAGGUUUCUACUCUAAUGAAGUCAACCUGUCAGUUCCAGCCUAAACAACAAUCCAUUUGUCAGGUUGUUGAGAGCAAGCAGUACGACACCACCAAACAUGCAAAUGAAUUUGGCAUAGAUGUUGAUGACAAUCUUGCUACAGUUAAUGCUAGAGUUCUGCCGCCUCCAAAUCUUAAGUACCACGAUUCUGGAUCUGAGAAAACAUGGUCUCCAAUGAAUGGAUACUGGAACAUGAAAGACAAGAAAGUAGUAAAUGGUGCCAACAUCAGAAACUGGGCAUGCAUUAAUUUUUGUGAAGAUUUAUCCAAGAAUGUUGCUGAGCAGUUCUGCUUUAAGCUAGCUGAAAUAUCUCGUAUUACUGGAGUGGAGUUAGCCGAUUUGAAGCUCCCAAUAUUCACUGCACGUCCAGAUCAAGUUGAAGAUGAUAUUCAUACAUGCUAUCAGGAAGCGCAGAAAGAGCUGAUGGAUCAGAAGAUUGACUUACUGCUUGCUAUACUGCCAGAUAACAAUGGCAGCUUAUAUGGAAAUGUCAAAAAGAUCUGUGAGACAGAUAUUGGUGUCAUGUCACAGUGUUGCCGAAAGUCAAUUGUCUUCACGAAAUAUAGCAAGAUAUUGGCAAAUAUUGCCAUUAAGAUCAAUGCCAAGGCUGGAGGAAGGAACUCAGUAUUCGAAGAUGCACAAAAGAGUUUGCCGGUUGUUUCAAACAAGCCGACGAUUAUAUUCGGUGCUCAUGUUACUCAUCCUUCUGCUGUUGAUCAUUCUGCUCCUUCCAUUUCUUCUGUCGUUGCAUCCCAAGACUGGCAUGAGGUGGACAAGUAUAAUGGUGUUGUUCGUGCACAAGGUCAACGUGAAGAGAUGAUCAGUGGCCUUGAAGACAUGGUCAAGGAGCUCCUGCAUGCAUUUGAAAAGGAGUCCAACAGGAAGCCCCAGCAGCUGAUAUUCUACAGGGAUGGCGUAAGCUGGAGCCAGUUGAAGCAGGUUUUUGAAAAAGAAAUCCCAGAGAUUGAAAAGGCUUGGAAAGCGAUGUACAAUAAUGAGAAGCCACAAAUCACCUUCAUCGCAGUGCAGAAGAGGCAUAGCCUAAUGCUGUUUCCCAACAACAACAAUAAGCGUCAUAAUGCUAAUAGGAAAAAUGUUGAGCCUGGCACAGUGGUUGAUAGUGAGAUCUGCCACCCAGCAGAAUUUGAUUUCUUCCUUUGCAGCUAUGCUGAGAUCAAAGGGCCAAGCCAUCCUGUGCAUUACAUUGUGCUGCGAGAUGACAACAACUUCAGAGCAGAUGAACUGCAGGCUCUCACGAAUAACCUGUGCUACACUCAUGCAAGCUCCACUAAGGCAAUGACGAUCGCUCCUCCUGCUUACUACGCUCGCAAGCUCGCACAACGUGCCCACUUGUACCUUGCUCAAGAUCCCGACGCGGCGAAGGCGGCGAGCUCCCGCGGUGCAACUGCUCCUGCUGGUGGUCUAAAGCAACUUCCAGAGAUAAAGGAUGAGCUGAAGAGGUCCAUGUUCUACUGCUAGUCCUCCGUCUCCUGAAUGGACGACGCUUUGCUUUACUGAAAGAACCGGGACCUGGAGACUGAUGACAUCUGCACUAGCUGUUCUGUUGCUCUUCUUAGAAGACCCGAAAUGGGAUUUCUUUUUUUUGUGUGUUUAAAAGAGUUUGUUACAGUUUAGUAUUGUAUUUCCACUUUCCCAGUGAACAGGAUAUAUGUUUGUGGAAGUCUAUUGGAUUGGCGCUCCCAGUAAUUCAGAACGACUAAGGUCUGUAGACUGUAUCACGCAUCGUGUCGUGGAAUGCUCUACUGCUUGACCCCUGACACUCCUCCGGAACAAGGCUUUGCUCUACUGAGGUUCUUGGAAUGUGCUCUAAUCGAAGGAUGGAGGCCUGGAGAAUAGCGUCUGCAGUUGCCGUUCUCUUUUCUUACUUUUAAGUAUUGGUGUGUUGCAGUGAUCAUGUUACAUGUUUGUGGUUCGGUGUGUUUCAUGGAUAAGUGUUUGUAUUAAGUGACGAUUACUAUUUCCAACUA